UCCACCGGAGGGAAAUGUAGUGAUGUCGCCAUCCGGUACAUACAACGUUCAGAUGGGUACAACAGUAACACUCGAAUGUCAGGUAGAGGGUGGAAACCCUCUGGCAACACUGACAUGGCAGUGUCAAGGGUCAACCAUUGUCGGGCGGAAUCUGACCUAUCGCACAACAGCAGCCUCCAGCCUGAUGUUAAAUAUGGACAAAACCUUCCACAAACAACGUUGUGUGUGUACAGCCGGACACCAGGCUAGUCCUGAGGGACUGUUUGGUACGAAGUCUGUUCGGUUUAAUAUCCUCUAUCCACCUACAGGAAAUAUAGUGAUGUGGCCAUUCGGUACCUACAGCUUUCAGGCAGGUACAAUAGUAACGCUCAAUUGUUGGGUAGAGGGUGGAAACCCUCUGGCAACACUGACAUGGCAGUGCAAAGGGUCAACCGUUGUCGGGCAGAAUCUGACCUAUCGCACAAAAUCACACUCCAGACUGGAAUUAAAAGUGGACAAAACCUACCACCAGCAAAAGUGUUUGUGUACAGCCAGACAACAGGCUAGUCCUAAUGGAUGGGUUGGCACGGUGUCUGUUCAAUUUAAUAUCCUCUACAAGCCCAUCAUUACUCUGGACAGUUCUACUGCCUACAUCAACGAGAGUGUGGACUUUCGCAGGAUUUGUAAAGCAGAAGGUAACCCUUCUCCUAGUGUGGCCUGGUAUCGUGGAACAACUUUUAAGAAGUCAAACGGGAUACUCAGCAUCCCCAGGAUAGAUAGAACAGACGCGGCCAGCUAUGUAUGUACUGCAACGGCAGGUUUUACAGAGAAUCUACAAUCUACGGAGCGGUUUAUGCUUGUCGUCCAAUACGGACCUGAUGUAAACCUUAUAAUCACCAACACAACAGAAAACGCAACAAACGUUCGUCUGUUUUGUAUAGCUAGUGGUGUACCUUCCCAGUACACAUACAGGUGGAAACACAUGUUAGGAUCUACAGUAAUUAGGGACAUGUUUGACCAGGUGACGAGUUUAGGGUCAGUUAGUACACUUACCAUUCCAAGAGUGACAUACGAGGAUAUGGGGACCUAUGUUUGUGAGGCGAGCAAUGGAUACAGGGGUAGAGAUGGUCAGAUUGCACAGACACGACAAGACUUCCUGUAUGUGAAAGGCAGACCACAAGCAAUCAGUGUACAUAAUACAUAUGUAACAGACAAAGGCACCUCUCUUGACAUCAACAUUACUUACAUCAGUUUCCCUGAGGCUUUGAACACUUCCAUCUUACGUGGAGGCUCUACUUUACCUCCAAAGGGUGAACUUUCUGUCACGGUCUCGUCCGUUCCAGUGACGGUGCUAUUCUUUAACAAGAACGUUUCGAUUGACGGUUACAUCGUGCAGCUACACUUCAGCACGUUUGAGACUAGACACCAGGGCCGCUAUCAGCUGUAUGUUUGGAAUGAGUAUACUUACUAUUACGACUUCGAAAUUAUUAUAUCAGACAAGCCAGAUCACCCUACAGGCCUUUUGAUUGAUCAAAUCACGGAAAGCAGUGCCGUCGUAUCUUGGACCCCCGGGGAGGACAACGGAAAUAUUCAAACAUUCACAUUGACUUGUCAGGAAAACAACGGUGAAUUCCACACAAAUAUCACCCUGAACCAUUCAAUUUCAUCAUUCACAGUUGAAAAUCUCGAUUUAUCAACGGAGUAUGACGUUACUGUCUUUGCAAGCAACGCAAUGGGAACAAGUGAACCCAUCACUAGUACAUUCAGUACAAUAUCAGCAGAGGCAGAUGGUUGGAAUGCUGCAAUAAUUGGUGGAGCUGCAAGUUCAGCAUCUGCGACUAUCCUGAUUGCAUGUGUUAUAGUUGUCCUGAUUCGUCGUAGGAAGAAAUCAUCUGAACCAAAACAUACUGAAACAGAAUCUGAUGAUACCAAUGUUGCGUGCACUGCAAGAUCUAAUUAUGACAAUGAUGGACUGAAAGAUAACAUAUUAUAUGAAUCUGCUGGUCCAUAUUCCCCCCAACAACCCGGUCCGAGUACUGGAAAUCGAUCUGGAGAUGUGUAUGCUGUUGUGAAUAAAUCCAAAGCAAAGGCUAAUGUCGCAGAAACCAAGCUUUACGCAGAGGUGAAUAAACCAAAGAAAGGGGCUCAAGAAUCAGCAAUGUAUGCGGAAGUACAGAAAACGGGAAAGGCACAAAAAGUUGAGAUCGUGGUCCACAGUCCAGCGAAAGAGGUCACAAAGUCUUCUGAAUACGCCGAGGUGAAGAAGAAAAAGAGAGGCAUUGCAGCUAAGAAUGAUGGACUGAAAGAUAACGUAUUAUAUGAAUCUGCUGGUCCAUAUUAUCCACAACAACCCGGUCCGAGUACUGGAAAUCAAUCUGGAGAUGUGUUUGCUGUUGUGAAUAAAUCCAAAGCAAAGGCUAAUGUCGCAGAAACCAAGCUUUACGCAGAGGUGAUUAAACCAAAGAAAGGGGCCCAAGAAUCAGCGAUGUAUGCGGAAGUACAGAAAACGGGAAAGGCACAAAAAGACGGAGCGGUCACAGAUCACGACGGAAAUGGUGAUGGUACAGACAAGCAGAGAGAUGGACGACAGGAAGACAUCUAAAAGGAACAACUUAGAAAGAAUGAUUCAUAACCCAAACAGGUUAUGUAUCAUCAAUACUUAAACUCGUGUUAAAGGAGGUGAUUCAAUAAGUCGGAUGUUGACAGCAGGCAUGCAAAAUUACAAGAAUUACCUGGUGUUUUUUUUGUAUUGGCGAAACUGUGGAUAAUACUAAUUGUAAAUUCGCCAAUUUGACAUGACAAAAAUAUACGAGACCACAACAGCUAACUUCUAUUGAAUCAUAAUACUAAUCUUUAAACAUAUUUCGUUGGUCAGAUUCGAGACAAAAAAUAUAUAUUGCAGAUUCAAAAGUCCUUGCAUAAAUUGUACAUAAUGAGUUUAUAAUACUGCAAAUAUUGUAUUACGAAACAAAUUGCCGUCACCUAUUUUAAAUCGAUGGAAUGCGAAGCAAAUCCUCAAAUAUUGUGCAAAUUAUUACGAUACCGAGACGAAACUAGCUCUCAUUGCAUUAGUCGUCCUUCAAUCGUGUUGAUAUAUUCACGGCGAGAGAGUUCAUAUUUACUGCCUGGACAUGCAAUUAAGAAAAUCAUUUGUAGAGCAAUCAACUAAUGUAAUUGUUACGGAUUUUUUGCAGCAGUAUGAUAUAAGGUUAAGUAGAGGUAGAUAGUGUAUUUUUGCGCAUGGUACAGAGGGGAACAGUUCAUUGACAUAUUGUACAUGCAUUUGCGGAUUAGAUAACAGGGUUUAUUUUGCAGAUGUUAAUUUGUCAAAGUGCAUAUAUCUGUUUCCAGAAGAGGAUGAGAACAACGACAACUUUUAAUUUGAAGCAGUUUAGCUGGAUUAAAAAAUAAUUCGAUUUUCUGAUAUGUUAGGACAGUUUUAGUUAAAGCCUUGAGGUGUAAUUCAAAAUCCGGUUGCUUGUCCGUGUCGUUACUGUUCGCUUAUGUAUGUGAAAGAUGAAAGGAUCAAUUCAAAAUAGUUGGAGAUGUUUUCAGGGCAGAAAACAAAAAAUAUUUACAUCAUUAUGGUUUUUUAAUAUAUAUAUCAAUGUCACGUGUAAGCAGUAAUUACUUUCUCUGUCCUGUGAUUAAGAUGGUUUAAAAAUAUUUUACAAUUGACACAAUAACAAUUCGCACACCCUGAUAUAUAUGUAUUAUAUUCAUUACUUGAAAAGGAUAGGGGGAAAAUAAGAUCUUUUUUAUUCGCGGAUUAGAUCACGGAGGCACGGUAGUCUAGUGGUAGGACACCGGACUCAUGACCGAAGGGUUGCGAGUUCGACUCACGUCACUGUGUUGUAUCUUUGAGCAAUAUACUUUACUCCGCUUGCUUCGGUUUACUCAGCUUUAAAUGACUACGUGGUUCGGUAGUGCUAAAAUUGUAGAAUGCUAGCUGUUAACGCCGAAAUGGCAGCACCGGCUGUGUGCUCCCCAGGUAGUUGAGAAAUAU